AGUGCAUUAAGUGGAGUCAGAGCGGCCAUUCAUCGCCAUCUAACUUGUGCUCCACUCAGCCGCAACAUAAGCAUUUUGCAAGACAGCAAACUCAUAUCUGCCAACAAAAUGUUUGAAGGGAAAGCCAAGUUAUUUACGAAAGAAAACAAUGCGAAACCAAAACACAAAUCAUCUAUUCAGUCAGGAGACAUGCAAAAAAUUGAAUCGAUACUUCAUGGAAAGGCAAAACACGGACGGCGUCUGGAGAGAUGAGGAGAAGCUAGUUGAGUUUAUUUGGUUUUGGUUGAGUUUUCAUUUUGCUCGCCGCGGCGGAGAGGGAUGAAGGGAGCUUAAAAGGCAGUCAUUUUAAAUAAAAACGGAUGACACUGAGGCCCUUUAAGUCACCGAAAAACUUACUGAACAAACUGAAAAUUACCAAGGAGGCGCUAAACAGUCUGAGUCAUACUCGGAUGUUCGAAUGUACGAAACGUCAAUUGCACUUGAUCCAGUAGCUACGUUUGAAUUUUACCUCUGCAAGACUCAACCCGACUGUAAGUCAUUGUUUCAGAGUCCAGGCAAAGUUACCACCAAGAAUAUAAACUUUGCAAACCCCCGAGAGUGGUACAGAAAUGAGCCAGUCUGGGGAAAAUACCAUCAACAAGAUGAUGGAAAGGAUUUCCAUCAAAGGGGAGUGGCAUCGACUGUCACUUCUUUGUUCCAGCGCAGUGAGGGUUUUUUUUUUGUCGCCGGCCCGUCAGCCGGUCCUAGCUCAAACUUAAACCCACAGUCUCUUCUCUAAAACCAAAAUUGCACCAAACAUAUUCAGAUUGGAAUGAACAUUUAUCACGGAAAGUAUGAAGGACUGUCGCUAUCAACCGGCAAACGCCGCCGAAUAAUCAAAAGCGAUGAUAGCGACUAAAAGCUCUAACUUAUUUCACGAAAUUAGCAAAGACAGUCUGAGUCCAUUGCCUAUGAACGGGAAGACUAUUAUUUUUUUAAAUAUAAACUGUCUUUUUGCUAAUCAUUGUUACCAAUCUUUUUUAAAACCAUAUUAUAUUUGAAUUUUGUUGUAAACAAAAAAGAUUUUUAUUUGGCUCUUGCUUAGCUGAUCGUAUUGUAGCAACAACUUUCCAUACCAUAGUUUCAUGCUACAUCUCUGUUACAUAUUUUUUCUUAUUAAAAGAACUUGCACGAUUUGGCCUUGUGUAUUGAUAUAUUUGUGUCCCUCGUAGCAUCAUUUGCACCCUCGCACCGCUCCGGCGCAAAUGAUGCUACUCGCCACAACGGCCUAUUUGCCCUCCAAAAGUUAUGUGAUUGUCCUAUUUACGUCAAAGAUACUGACCAAGAUAUUUUAUAGAAUGUUUACCAAAAGUUAUCGUGUUGACUCUAGGAAUCAUAAAAUCAGAAUUACGUAGAUUCUAGUUAGUGUUUGAUCUUUGAAACAGCUCAGAAAUAUAAUCUGGAGACAUUCCAUUCUUAACUUUAAGCAUCAAAAUUGUCAAGACCUGCAGUCUUCUGUUGCAUAAAGUUGGCAGGGUUGCCUUCUUCAACAAGCUCUCGUAACUUGAUGUAUUGUCAUUAAAUACCGUUCGCAAGCCUUUCUCUUGCAUUCUUUUCAAUUUGCGCUUGUCGGAUGCUGUUAUGAAGAACCGUACAGUUGAACAAUAGUUCAACCCAGAAAGGAUAACAGAUUUAGAAAGAAGCAACUUGGUCUUCUCUGUCACCAGUUUCCUCAUCCUUGUCAGAGUUCCAAUCCUAGAAGUAGCUUCGGGGCACAUUAACUUAACAUGUUUACUAAAAUUAAGUUUGUUAUCUAGAACGACUCCUAAUAAUUUCAGAGAGUUUCUCAAUCAAAAACGUAAUAAACAAACCAGCCAUGAAUAACGGAAGAAUCUUAUAGCAGCUGUAUUUCAUAUUGUACAUCCAGUGGAAAAAGUAGUUAAAACCAUCACAAGAUGACAUAAAACAAGUGUCAAGAUGCUGCAUAAAUUUUCCGCAGUCGCCUGUCAAAUUUUGACCAAUUAGAGCACAAAAGUUAAAAGUACAGCGCGGCCAGCGCAUGACCAUGGUUAGAAGAGUCACAAGAGACUGCCUUCUCUGCAUGUAAAAAACCGGCUGAAUUUUCGCGUCCGAGGUCAGUUUGAAAUCAAAAUUUUAUUUAAAUCGAGCUGCUCGAGAACACAACUUAUCUCAUGUACAUUAAAAAUAAUCGAACUUGAGCCUGCGAUCAUUUGAAAAGUAGUGACUUGUUAGCGGAUAACUUCCAAAAAACAUUCGAACUCAGUGGAUCGACACCUGAUCCGGCGACACUGUCAGGUGAUACUGGUUAGCGGACACACAGUUUUAACAGUUGUCAAUUGAUCACAACAUAAAAGUAAAAUAUCAGGUUGCAGGCUCCCAAAGUAGCUAGAAACUGUGAGGUUAAACAUAGGUAUGUCUGUGGUGCGCACGGACGGUUAGGCGGUCAAUGUGCGGUCACAUGGUUGCCACAUUUUCUAAGAUGGAUAGAUUUUCUAAGCUACGGGACUCCGCUACAAAUACAGAAUUGAGCCCGUGAUGAAAUAAAAUAUUAGCGGAAAACUUCAAAAAAUACGUGACGUUUAUGGGUAGAAAAACGAGCCCGCGAUAAAGUCAGGUGACGAUGGUCAGUAGAUGCUCUAGUUUGACAGCUGUCAAUCGACCUUCAUUAGAAUGGCGAAUAAUCGAAUAAACGGACUGCGAAUAUGGCAGCUUAGUGUGCGUAAGCAUUUCAGUCCAGCUCGUAGUGGGGGCGAAUUAGAAAUGCGCGAUCGUGUACCUGAGCCCACGUUAUUACUCUGCACAUGUCCCAUUUUGACAGCUGUCAAUUGGCCUUAAUUUGGCUUGCACAUUUAUCUUUAGCUACUGACGGCCCACUGACAGUCCUGCCCGGUGAAAGCGUAGUUUAAUUUUUAUGUUGGUAAUUGUGACAUAUUGCAUCAGCGUGCUUGUAGGGGCAAAACGACUUGUCUUUCAUUUAAGCCCACGAGAUGAUCAUGAGAUACUUGUCAGCGGAUGACCGAUUUUGACCCGUGUCAAAUCAUCUUUAUAUGUCAGGCUAUUGUAGUCUAAUGUGACAUUUGACAUCGGCUUACAUGUAAUGAGUGAACUGAACGGGCUGACAGGCGUACGCUACGUCAUAACCAAAUUUUCUGGGAUGGAUAGUUUACCAAAUUUUCUUAGCUAUGGGGCUCCUCGCGUGCGCUCCUCGAGGAGAUCCGCUAUUAAUAUUUCAAAACUAGCGCUCUUAAAUAUCAACUUUGACCUUCAUUUUCUCGGCUCCUAUUUAACGAAAAUGCUUCAUGUUUGGAAUUUGAGUUCAGGUUAGAGUACGUUUCAAAUAAGCGAUUUUAUAAUCAUGACAAUUUUUUGACUUCAUAGCUUAAAAAUUUGACGGCCAUAAGAGUCGAAUUCUAUAAUUGUCUUCGUAAAUCCCAGUUAACCGAUGUUAACAGAACCAAAUAUUUAACACCAAGGUAAAGCAGGUCUGUUUCAGAAAAUCCCAUCUUUUUCAAUUUAACCCAACUGAACAUCUCAUUGAGGCGGGUGUCUAAUUACUCCAAACAGGAACGUUCGUUACGAUUCGAUGGAGCGAGACUAUCCAACCAGCGGUGGAAAUUCAAAGCGAUGGGCCAUAAACUAAAGGAUGUCAAGGAAAUAAUGCCCCAAGGAGGGCCCACAAUUCAUAUUUUAAAA